AUGGCUACAGACGACUGUCAAAUAUCGGCGGAUCCAAAUGCCGAAUCAAGCAGACUGGAAAAUAAGGAGCUUAACAUUCUACCUGCACUAAGAGACACAGAGGGUAGUAGUAAUAAUCUUAGGAGAGGGAAUCUGCCAUUUGGGAUCUUUAGCCAUAAUCUGGUUGAUACUGGGGACACUGCACCUCGCAGCUCCAAUGCCGAUGGCACCAGGUCCCAGGACAAGCCCAUUAGCUUGAACCUCCGGAUGGAAACUAAAACAGCUUUUGAAGAUUUACCUGUCUUUCCACGGAAGAUUGGUCAAAUUGGAGAAAAUAGAGAGGCCAACUCUUCUCGACGCACAAAUGAUACAAAUCUCAGUAUUACGGAGCACGCAUCUGAAGAAGUACAAAAUGCAGUUGAUUCGUCGUCGACCAGGGACAAAAAAAUACGUUUUACGGAACCACUCUUCCAGGCAAGGACACUUGCCAGCAAAACACUUUAUGCUGCGUCCGGCGAAGAGCCUGAAAAUUCAUUAUGCUCCAAUUUAACCAGGCUACAAGCGGAAAGCGCGACGAACUCGAAACACGUCGAGUCCUUGGGUCGGCUAAUAUCAGAACCAAGUACAACGAAAGGAACAAGCAAAAGAGAAGAUGAAAGAAAAGAGGGGAACCAGCGCGAGAGCAAUGACGAUCUGAGCACAAAAUUACAGCAAACUGCUGAUGGAAAAACUGAGGAAGCUACUGACAACGCAAAUGAGGUGGAAGAAGAUGACACCACUGUUGAAGGCAGAGAGCGUUUUGAUACAAUGGCAUCCCUUUUGGAAUUCCCAUUCUUACCCAGUCUUCAAACCGACAGUCGGCGUAAAUCAUCCCCAGCAUCUUUGAAACCAUUUUCUGCCCCCGCCCACCAAACUGAUGCCUCUCGCCAGGGGAAUUUCUCUCUUGGAGGUGUACAAAAAUUCCCGUCUACUUCAGGACAGUCCGAAGGCCCUUCGACCCCGGGAAGUUCCAACGAGGCGGCUAGAAGACCAAGCUCUCCGUCGAGGAGGACCUCUAUAGCUGCAUCGGUAGCAGGGUCUGGUGAGACUAAAAAAAAAGGUUCGAUUGGAUUAGGUAUCCUGGCGUCUUCUUUGGUGAGAUGGAAAAUAAACACAGCGAGGGCAAAGAAAAGGGCCCAAGAGACUAUUGCUAAGGAUGCCAAGCAUCAAGAAUUUAUGGAUAGAGCUGCUGACCGAAUCAAAACUGAGCUUCCAAGGUCUUUACUGAUUGAUAUCCAAGAAGAAGCGUAUCCGAUUAUACUGAGAACAGCUCAAGUUUACAGAUCUCAGCUGGGGGCAAAACAUAAACUUACAGUGCAAGCUUCGGAACGACUGGCUGAUUUAAUGCGAGACCUUAACAAUCCUUACUAAUACACCAGUCAAUAACAUAAU